AUGGCUUCACCUACAUCUGAAACACACUGCUUGACGGGGCUCCCCGUUGAGAUUCUCCUCGACAUCUACCACCAGCUCGAUCUGGAUGGUAUCUUCAACUUUGCUGCCGCACACAGGACGUUCUUCAACCUAUUUACGGAAGGAAAAGCAUCAAUAUUACUUCCGGUUCUGUCUCGAGACUUUAGUCCGCUCGAUGAGCUUUUGCAAGUUUACACUGCCUCCGAGAGUGACUUGGAGUCACCGGGAGGGCUGUAUGCACCCCGCAGGAUUGUCUUUCAGCGUCAUGCUGGGGAUAUUGGAACUGUGCUUGCUCCACGAUCGGAAAACUGGCCUAUGGAAGCUGCAAAAUCUCGGGUGGGCUUUACACCUAUUGUCAAACUACGAAAGCCCAACACGUCUCUCAACCCAGGUCUUAAGACGGUUAUUUUGACCGAACGUGACUUUGGACCUCUCCUCAAAUACUGCCAACUUGUGCACAGAUGGGAGGAACGGUUUCCCCAGAUGAGAUGGUUCCACGAGUCGGAAAAUUGCAGACUCCUCCGACCCCAUGAAGCAGAGAGAUUCCGCAGAGCCUUUUACAGGUGGUGGCUAUACGGCUUCUACUUCCACGGCGAGCUGCCAAGACCGAGGGUCGGGCUUCCAGAACCGUAUGUGGACGACAUUCGGACGAGCCAAAUGCGAUGCCACUCUACGAGCGAGCUGUUGGAGCUGAUGGACUUGGUUGAGACGAUGAAAGAUGUAGUUUUGCACUACCUCUGUCCUCGUCUCGACCCUUAUCAGCAAGAUGACACUUGGGGUCUACCACUUAUUGACACCGUUGAUCGUCCUCAGUCGUUGAUGACGGGUUGGAAUGACCAAAGCCGCUGGGGUCGUAUUGUCAAGACGUAUGCAAAGCUGGGCCCCAAGGAGCUGAUGCAUCUGUUCGAAAAUAUCUACAGCUAUCCUCGCAAACGACUGAUCACCGAGGCGAGCCUGCACCACCCCAACUUUACCUUGGACCAGGAAUCUAUCCAGAUUGCCAUUCGAUGUGCCUUGGACGAGCGACAAUGGCUGGACAGGAUGCCAAGUCUAGCAGAGGAUGGCAGCGGCGGAGUCAUAGACUUUGACGAUGAGCGCGACGGUGAACGUCUGACGUUUUGUGGUGAUGCUAGGCCGGAUGGAUCUCUGCCGCCAGGCGUCAGAUAUGUCCGGUCCUUUUCGCAGUAUUCGCCUCGAGGAGAUGACGGAUCGUACUUGGAAGAGCCUCAACACCAGAACUGGACGGACGGACGGUUUAUGGUGCCUUCGGUGCGCUGA